CGUAUCGUAUGUCACGUACUUUGAGGUUAACGUCAAGUUUAUUCGUUAUAAUUUAUGAUUAAAUACGAUAAUAUACACAUUGAUACUAGCGUGCUAAAAAAGUAAAUGUAUUUGUAUUAAAUUCUUAUAGAAAACGCACGAAUUACUUGGACAAUAUUUAAUAAAGUUCUAAUUAUGGAGGAAGUUCUGAGACAAUUGGGGGUUGGAGUUCGACCUGUGAAUGAUCCCUUUUUUGAGGACUCUUACAAGAUCUGUAAAGUUUUCCAGAGAAAAGGGGUUACGGUGGACGACGAUGAAGAAUUAUGUCACGAAGUCAUUAAAGAAUUUAUUUGUAAUGUCUCAGGAUGCAAAAGUACUUUUCAAACACUACUUGAUUAUGAAAUACAUUACAAUACUUCUCAUCGGUAUAUUUGUACAGAGUGUAAAAUAUCUAGACCAAAUCCACGACUAUUAGAAAUCCAUAUUCAAGAGUUACACGAUGCUUUCUUUAAAGUCUUAUCGGAGAAACAAGCUAUGUAUCAAUGCUAUGAUUCCGAAUGUAACAUAAAAUUCAAUAACCCAGCGGAAAGGAAAGAACAUUGCAUUCAAAUACACAAAUUUCCAAAGAAAUAUCGAUUUGAUAACACUUUGCUUUAUAACAAGGAAGAAGAAUCAGAUAAAAUGGAAAUUGAUGACAUUAGUAAAAGCCAGAAGACUAAGGUUUCAUCCCUUCCAAAAGGGCAAGGGAUCUCCUUAGCUGCUGUAGUAGGGAAGGUCCGCUUGCUAUUGACCACUAACAUAUCGGCAUGUCCAUCGUUGACCACUAUUGUCGAUUUUCAGAAUCUUUGUGGCUAGUUAAUGGUAUUAAGUAUUUUCAAAUUAGACGUAUAGCACUAUAUCUAUUGCUAUUCACUAUCGCGAUCAAGUAUAGAAGAUGGAAAGAUAUUAUCCCCCUCCCCUCCAGAUGCUAUAGAAAAAGUAUAAACCGAAGCGUAUAUAUACAUGAUGAAUAUUUACAUAGUUCAGUAGAUUUAUAUUAUAUUAUGGUAGAUACUCGCAUAAUUAUAUUAUUAUAUUACCUAAAAAUUAUGUUACUUAAUUAUAUUACUUAUUAAUUAUGUUACGUAAAAAUAAUAUCAAAGUUGUACAAUUGAUAUUACUAGACUUUAAUCUCCAAGUAGCAAGAUGUCAAAUGGCGUAUUGAUAACACAUCUCUCAUUUAUAAUACUUCAUUAAUGUAAUUAUUUGUUUAUAAUAUUAACGCAUCAUUAUAUUUACAGUCUUUUCAGGCAUCUUUAUAUAUAAAGUUUAUCACCGACAUUUACGCACGAAUACUUGCUUUUUAAAAUAUUUAACGGUAUAAUAAUCGUUAAUUUUUUGUCUGAGCAAGAUACAGAAUCAAUAUUUCGCGCUGAGAAGGCUCGCAAGAAUACGUAAUGAAGAAUAUUACGUAUUGCGAAAAAAGUUAAUGCAAAAAACUAUACUUUUAAUAAAAAAUUCCACACAAUUAAUAAUAAAGUCGGUUUAAGUAUCAAUUGUAUAACAACGUCAAAAUUAUUGGCUGUAUUCAACAAAGUCCGCGUCAACGCGUAAUGAUUAUUGCUCGUAAUUUGUAUAUUUUUUCUUAUGAAUUUAUCAAGGAUCUUAUCAAGAGAACAUACCAGUUAUCAACAAUAAUCAUUAAAUUUUUGUUAAGUGCUGAAUUCUACGGCAACCGCAAUCGGGAAAAACGAUAAAAUCAGCUUCUUGACACUCGGACGGUAAAACAUUUGUUAUUCACUAUAUAUGUAUGUAUUAGUUUUAUAUAUAUUAUUAAAAAUCUUAUAUAUUUAUUUAUAUAUUAUAUUACUAACUUUUUUCUCAGUAUUACUAUAACCUUCAUUCAAAAUGGCUUUUUCCAUUCAAACUGUAACACGAGAAAGGAUUAUACAACAUUUGUAUUGUAUACCUGAGACAAGCCUUUCGUACGUCAUUCGUAGCAUAACUUCCGAUAAUUGAUGAAGUUCAAGAAUUUCAUACAGGAGAAAUACUUAUAAGACCUGUUUUCCUAUGCUAUACUUUCUAUCACCACUUACAUUCGUAAGAAUCCUCUGUGUGAACUGGAUUCUUUCUUUAGUAUCUACAGUCUCUAAAGUCAUUGUUUCAAAUUUUACAUCAAACGUGACGAUGAGUUCACAUUUACAAGGAUAAAGGGUAAAAGAGCAAAAAAUAAAUUUGCAUGUUGACCUUGGUUCUUUUGAAGUUUAUACUUAAAAUGUUCAAACCUGACCCUUUAAGUUCUAGUUAUUAAUGAUCCUGUAAGCUAGUGGAACGAAUUCCACAUGCGUGACGAAUUUUUUCUACAACAUUUUUCUGUAACACUGCGACAUUUUUAAAGUUGCCGAUAGUUCCAUUUAACAAUCCUUGAUCAUUAACGCAAUUGAUCCUUGAUGCAAUUCAUCACUUCGCUUCAAAUAUAGAUCGAGAUAUAUGUAUCCAAGUAUGUAUCAAAUUUCCUUUGAUACAAUAGCAAUUUUUUUUUCGCGAUGUAGCUUCUUUUCAGGUAAAAUACCAAAUUUUAAGAAAGGAUCAAUGAAAAUAUGGGGAGGAAAGCGAAGAUCGUCAACGCGAAGGAACAGUUAUCCCUGAUACGACGCUGUUACCUAUGCCGGUGUCCCGCGAUCACGCCAAAUUUAGUCGUCCGUUCUGGGCCGGAUUAAAGCGUCUUGUCAUCUAUAGGAAAGCACCCCCGCCGUUCAAUUCACCGCGUCGCUCCCUCUUUUCCAUGUAUACAAAUUUUUGCUCUUUUGGCUGCAUAACCCACAUUUCUAUGGUGGCCGGUGGACGGCCGCAACCCGUUAUUUGCGAUAUUUCCCCGUGGCCGUCGGUCCCCAUGACAGAUGAAUGCGCUCGACUAUUUGCAUCUGCUCACAAGCGCGCGCGCGAAAGUACUUCGUAACGGUAUCAAACAGAUCUUCGCUUUCACUUUUCUCGAAAUUUCUCAAUUUACAUGUCACGAAGCAGCCGAGCGCGGCGAGAUAAACGUUGCCGAAGUAUUCACAAGUACAAUCGCGCAGCGACGCAUUUUCUUGGUACAGCGCUGAUUUUCCCCGGAAGAGCGAUACGUUAAUAAAUAGGGAUUAUACAAAACUCAUACAGUGAAAAUCUAUUAAAACGUUUUCCUCUGUUUAUUAUUAUUUGUUUUGUUUUCCGUUUUUAUUGUUAUUUUUGUGUACUCAAUAAAACUCACAUUAAGAAAAAAUACUUGAAAAUUUAUUAGCUCAAUAUAAACUA